ACCUCUCCCAAAUCCCAGUCGCCCGCCCGCCCUUUCGUAGCUUGAACCCUAGCGGCAGAUCGGGCAGCCGCCGGCCGGGAUGGAGGGGCUCGACGUCGACGACGUCUUCCACCACUACCGGCUGAGCCCUACGGAAGUGGACGCCGUCACCUACUACCUGCCACGCCUCCUCUCCGGCGAGACGCUGCAUGCCGCCGACAAGCUCAUCCACCGCGUCGAAAUCUCCGGCUGCGAGCCCAAGGAUCUGGCCGCCCGGUACGCGCCCGUGCCGCAGGCCGUGAGCAGCGGCGACCGGUUCUUCUUCACCACGUGCAAGAGCAAGAACGGGAGCAAGCUCCAGAGCGUGCGCGGCGCCGGCACCGGCACCUGGACCAUCCAGAAGACCACCGAGAUUUGCCACGCGGGAGUCAAGGUGGGCGAGGUCAAGAACCUGUCUUUCAAGAAGAAGGGAAAGUCCACUGGCUGGGUCAUGGAGGAAUACUGAUGCCUGCUGCCGGAGGCCACCGUCAGCGACGGGGUCAAGGUGUUCUGCAGAAUGCACUUGGCUCAGCAUGCUCCUGGCGCGGCCCGCCAGGAAUCGGCCGCGUACAAGCUUCAGCAACAGCAACCAGAGGCUGUGACCCCGUGCACACACGCGCAGAAGAGGCCAGCGCCCGCCGCCGCCGCCGAUCCUCAUCCGCCGCGCCCGGAGAAGAGGAUGCGCGGUGCCGUCCCGGUCCCGGCACCUGCCACACCGUCGUUCUUGAUGUAUGAUGAGGUAGCCAGAGCAUCAUCCGAGUCCACUACAGUAUCCAACCACUCUGACGUUGCUCAAGCUCCUGAGAUUUCCUCCCGGUCACAUGUGCUGGAGUCUGUCAAGCAUUACAGCCAACAACAGAUUGUUCCCGAGGCUGGCUCAAGCAUUGCAAGGAGCUCAUCUGAAGAGGAUGUCUUUGAGCCAUUGGAGCCUAUUUCCAAUUUGCCGGAUGGGGAGGCAGAUGGUUUUGAUAUCGAGGCAGAUGGUUUUGAUCUUGAAGAACUAAUGAGAAUGAUGGAAGACGACCCAAUUGAACUUGAGCCGAUCACUGUAGCCAACACUGGCAUGGAGAUGGGCCAACAGGAACCUCUGUACCUGGAUGCCUUGGACCAAGGCGUGCUGGAGGGCAUGCUGCAGUCCGAUGACCCUUACCCA